GUGGUGCUAGUCAGGAUGAAGUCAUGCGUGCUUCUCUUGGCCCUGCUGCAGUCUCUGGGAUGCUCAGGCAUCCCAGUGAAUUACUCUGAGCUGCAGUCCAUGGCAGACAGGGUACUUGGAGUAGCUCUGGCUCAGAUCAACUCUGGGGACAAUGUGAAACAUCUGUACCGAGUGACUCAAGGUUACAUUAAAAAGGUCUUUCCUAUGGGCCAUGACACAGCCGACCUGCUGCUGAUGUUUGAGGUUAAAGAAACCGAGUGCGCAAAGACUUCCAGGAUCGACCCGCAGACGUGUGCCUUCAAACCUGGCUUCUUUGUGCCCUCCUUUUCCUGCUCUAGUCGGCUGAGAAUGACCGCCACCACAGUCCACGUGAUCUCUGUGGGAUGCAGCCACAACAGCAGCUCCAGCGAAGAGUCCAGCGAAGAGUCCAGCGAAGAGAUAAUCUCAAAAGGACAACGUCAGUUCAAUAAUCCAGUUGUGAACAGAGGCCCAGCUCCUGCUGGAACUCCUACACCUGUCCAACAUGGCGGCUUGUUCCACAGCCAGACAGUGGAGGUCCGACCCAGAGGAGACACUUUCAGCGACUUCCUUGAGUGAGGAUUCACCUCGUUCAAGACCUCAUUUUGAUGCUGAUCAGACAUCACACUUGAAUUAAACAGGUAAAUGUUAAAUGUAUUCGUCUUAUUCCAUUUUUUCUGAUAUGUAUUUGGUUAUAUUUAUACGCCUGAACCACAGAUUAAAACAUAUUCAUUUAAUGUAGUAUUCAACAUUAAGAUGCCUUGUAGAGCAGGAUAAAGCCACUGGAGGGGAUCCGAGGUCCACUUAAAAUAAAAAGUAGUUUCCACUUUUCCCAGUGCUCGUGAAGUGGCCUUGACGUGAAUGAAUGAAUAAAUGACAA